UUGCCUCUGAUUGGUGUAAUUGAUGUCAGCCUCGUAGUCAGAAAAAACCUGUCCUGUUAAGAGGCAUGUUUAAUAUGACUUCUUGAAGUGGAAGUUAAUGGAGAAGUAAAGAUGGCCUUUUUUAGUAUCAUAUUAGCUUUAUUUGUAUUCCAAUGUAUUGAUGUAACCAAUGGUAAAAGUGACUCCAAGUAUGUGAGAAUAAAUGUAGAUGCAAAAUGGCCAUCAACACCAUUAGUUUUAGAAGCUAGUGAAUUCAUUGGAACGCUUGAUGAUGGAAAAUUUUGGGAGUUCAUAGAAAGUUUUAACAAUUCUGAAGCAAAAGAAAACACUUUAGGUAUUUAUAAUUCAAUCUUGGAUGCUUCAAGCAAGCUUCUUGCUGAUUUGGAGAUGGAUAUGAUGAAAUUUUCACUUUCAUUAAGAUCUUUUUCACCACUUAUCCAAGUUUAUAGACAGUUGCUAAGAGAAACAGAUAUUCCAGACUGUGAAGUACUGUUUUUAGUUGAAGACAAAUUAUUUUGUGAUUUUGAUGAACUAGCCACGUAUAUAUCUUCAACCAAGAAUGGGAGCAAGACUACAGUGCAUACUUUUGACCAUGUCUAUCCUGGCACCGAUGACAACUCUGUUGUUGUUGUUGUCUUGUAUGGCGCUGUUGGGUCUUCUGCAUUUCUUCAAGCUCACAAUAGUAUGAAAGGCCUUGCAAACAGCGGAAAAGCAAAAUACAUCUUUCGGCAUUAUCUAAAGGAUGAUUUGGAGGGAAAGGUUCAUUUGUCUGGAUACGGUGUCGAGCUUGCUGUUAAAAGUACGGAGUACAAAGCAGUCGAUGAUCAAAAGGUCGAAGGUAAAGACAAGGGAAAAGAGGCUGGCAGUCACCAUGACGACGAAGACGAAGUGGAAGGUUUUCUAUUUAACAGGCUAAGGGACAAGCACCCAGAAUUUGUUGAGAAUUUGGAUAACUUCCGAUCUUAUCUCAAAGAAAGCACCAAAGAGUUGGCUCCGCUCAAAGUAUGGCAACUUCAAGAUCUCAGUUUUCAAGCCGCCCAGAGAAUCAUGAGCUCGUCUCCAGAUCAGAGACUCAAAGUCCUCAGGGAUAUUAGCCAAAAUAUCCCGAUGUUAGCAAGAUCUCUAGUGAAAACAAGUGUGAAAGAAGAACUCAGGAAUGAAAUAAAAGAUAAUCAAAGGCAAUUCCAAGAAUCUCAUAUCGACGUCGGUGAAGCUGCUGUAUUUAUAAACGGUAUUCAAGUUCAAGUAGAUUCAAUUGAUGGAUUCAGCCUUGAGAAGUUGCUGAUGAGUGAAAUGGUGACAAUGAAGCAACUUGGACAGCUAGGACUAAAGGCCAAUAAAGCAAGAGAAAUACUGACACUGGAUGUCAAACCGCAGCAUGAUGGGUAUGCUGUGGACACGAGAUCUGAAUCAGUUCAAUGGUUGAAUAAUCUGGAAAAAGAUUCCCAAUACCAUUAUUGGCCAUCAAAUAUUGAAGAGAUACUGCGACCAACAUUCCCAGGGAUGCUUCGUUACAUUGCAAAGAAUAUUUUCCACGUGGUGCUCUGCAUUGAUCCAGCAGACGAAGAGGGUAUCAAGAAAUUGCACCAAUUUCAAGAUUUUGUCUCUAAUUCAAUGCCUGCCAGAUUCGGUGUGCUGUUUGUUGCUAAAGGAUCACCAAGCGACGAUGGUAUGACAAAUGCCCCGGUUGCAUUGAUGAGAGCUUUCAGCUUCAUCAAAUCAGAAAAGGAUGUUAAACAGGCUUUCGACUUUAUAAUCGAGGUGUAUCGUCGAAGUGAAAGAAAGGCCCCUUCGGCUGCUGACAUUACAGACCUCUUCAAACGAUGGUAUGGCGCUGACGACCUCAAGGAUGCUAUGUCCCCCAACACAGACUUUGAUGACCUUAGAGAGAAUUCGUACCGUCUCUUUCAACGACUUGGCCUUAAGGGAUUGCCUCAGAUCAUUGUGAAUGGCCAUCAACUGAACUCGGAAGAGAUGCAAAACCUCGAACAGUCGUUGAUUGAAAAGUUUCUUUCUUUGACACCUGAAAUUCAACAGGCUACGUACAUGGGACAGAUUCAUAACCACCCAACUAUAUACGACUACGUAAUGUCGAAGCCAAACGUCGUUAAGAGGUUAAACUCCAUGGUACAGACUACUGAGGGUCCAUAUUUGGAUGUAUCUGUUUCUGACAAAGAUUUGGUCAUAAAGGACAAAGAAGACUUUACCGGUCUUCAGGUAGUUGAUAUCUUCAAUGCAGUUGUCAACGAUGUGAAAUAUUUUCUAACGGACAGAGGUGCCGUAACCACGUGGGUGGUAGCAGAUGCAGAUACUGUCGUGGGACGGCAAUUGAUAAGAUCAGCGCUCAAUUUCAUUAUAAAGGACUCGAAGACGACAAGGCUUGCAUUGGUUUUAUGCCCAGGCAAAGAACCCCAAGGCCAUGUUUCUCUAAAUCACAUUGUCCAGUCGAUCAUCGAAACAAGAGAGACCAUGGUUUCAGGAGUGGCAAAACUGAUUCUUGCUGUUCUUGACGAGAGUAACAAUUUCGAAAAUCUUGCCAAUGGUGUCGACGCUGUAAUGGAACUGGCAAAUACGGCAAAAGGCUUCAACAAGAAGAGGCUGUCUGAACUGCUCCAAAACGAGGAAUCGAAAGUCGCUACCAACAACAAGCUAGUAUUUUAUAGAAAUGCUAUGGAGAAGACUAUUAGGUUCUCGGACAGGCAGGCCUACGUUGUGUGUAAUGGAAGGGUUAUUGGCCCUUUUGAAGAGUCAAAUGUUCUCUCCACUGACGACUUUGACCUGUUACAAUCAUUUGAGUUAAAGAGGGCAAGCUCGAAGAUUAAUAAUGCUCUGGCAAGCUCUGAUUUUGUAGAAAUUCCGAGAGAGAACCAAGAAAGGGUUAGGUCGGAUAUGAUAAUGAGAGUGUCCGCGAUUUUGAGUUCUCAUAAACAAAUUAGAAGAACUAAACUCAAGUAUCACGAUUUAAAGCACAGUGUGAUUAGCAUUGCACCAGUAAGAGAGGACAAAAUAAGCUAUGACGUUGUUGCAGUUCUUGAUCCACUCAGUACAGACGCGCAGAAGAUUGUCCCUAUACUCAUGGUCCUUGUCAAUAUCACCAAUGUGAACCUUAAUGUUUUCUUCAACUGCAAAGAAAAGUUAUCGGAGAUGCCAUUGAAAAGAUUCUAUCGGUACGUUUUAAGUCCCAAGCUGGCAUUUGGUGAAGACGGCAGUCUUUCGAAUGCAGCGACAGCAGUAUUCCGUGAUAUGCCUCAAAGUGGACUUCUGACGCUUAUUAUGGACACCCCUCAUAGCUGGAUGGUUGAAGCAGCCAAUUCUCCGUAUGACCUUGACAAUAUUCAUCUUGCCGAGGCGGACAGUCAUGUUUAUGGAGAAUUUGAACUCGAAUACAUUGUCAUCGAAGGCCAUUGUCAAGAUGCAGGCAGUGGUGCUCCUCCGCGAGGGCUGCAGUUUACUUUGGGAACCCAACAUAAACCGGAAAUGUUUGAUACCAUAGUUAUGGCAAACCUGGGGUACUUUCAACUGAAGGCCUUUCCAGGAUCAUUCACCUUGAAAUUGCGAAAAGGCAGGUCAUCUGAGUUAUACAAAAUCGAUAGUAUCGAGGGAAGUGAUGUUUAUGAAAGUGAUGGCGUUGUCUCGGUGACAGUUGAUAGUUUCACCGGCAGCUUUCUCAAAGCAAAGGUAUCCAGGAAUCCAGGCAAGGAGAAGGAAGACCUUCUAUCAGCAGACAUUGAAUCCAAGGGUAUUUGGGACUCAAUAGCAAGUUAUGUAAGCAGUGAUCAGGAUAACAUCGGAAGCAACGGAACGAUUCAUAUCUUUUCUGUAGCAACAGGAAGGCUUUACGAAAGAUUUUUAAGGAUCAUGAUGCUGACAGUUUUAAAGAACACGAAAAAUCCAGUUAAAUUUUGGUUUCUCAAGAAUUAUUUGUCUUCAACAUUUACGAGUUUCUUACCACACAUGGCGAAGCAGUAUAAAUUCUCUUACUCUCUAGUUCAGUAUCAGUGGCCAAGCUGGCUACAUCGGCAGACAGACAAGCAAAGAAUCAUCUGGGGGUACAAAAUCCUCUUCCUGGACGUUCUGUUUCCACUAAACUUGGAUCGAGUGAUUUUCGUGGAUGCUGAUCAGGUAGUCAGAACUGAUUUGAAAGAGUUGAUGGAGAUGGACUUAGACGGGGCAGCAUACGCGUACACACCGUUUUGUGAUGACCGACCAGAGAUGGAUGGAUUUAGGUUCUGGAAACAAGGAUAUUGGAGAUCACACCUUCAAGGAAGACCUUAUCACAUCAGUGCCUUAUAUGUAAUUGACUUGAAACAGUUCAGAAGAAUAGCUGCAGGUGAUCGACUCAGAGGCCAGUAUCAGGGACUGUCUCAAGAUCCAAACAGUCUUGCAAACUUAGAUCAAGAUCUUCCAAAUAACAUGAUACACCAAGUACCACUGAAAUCACUCCCUCAAGAGUGGUUGUGGUGUGAGACAUGGUGCAGUGAUGCUUCCAAGAAGCGAGCUAAAACUAUCGAUCUGUGCAAUAACCCACAAACAAAGGAACCAAAAUUAAAGCGUGCAAUGAGGAUUGUUGAAGAAUGGCCCGAUCUAGAUGCUGAAAUAAUGAGGUUACAAGACAAAGUUGCAAAUCGAAAUGUGUCAGAUCAAGAUGAGAGGCAAGAAGAUUCUGCAACGAAAGAUGAAUUAUAGUAAAAGCACGUUGUAGUUAUUUUUUCAUUGGUGUAGCAUAAAAUGUGGGUGGAAUUUAAAAAAAUAAUAGAUUGCAGUCCAAAGGAAUAUUCCUGAAUCUAGUAAACUAUUAAAAGCUGAUGGCCACAGUUCUAAACGAAAUUGUUUUUUCACGAUUGCUCUUUUCUCGCGUAUUAUAAUUUUUCUUGAAUCUCGCAACCCCAGGACCGUGUAGAGUCUGGUCGAGCAACUGAUGUUGGAUAACUGUUUAUUGUACAAGCCUUUAAAUUCGUAUUUUUGCAGUUGUUUCUACAGCUUUAGAGACUAGUCAUAAAACAUGUUUUAUCACAAACAGUAAAAAUUGUAAAAUUGGUGUCUUCUUGAUCCGGGAUGUAUUCCUCUAAUUUUACAUUUUUGAAUUUAUCUAAUAAAACAGUCUUGAUUUUCAA